UCUUUGUCUUCCAGAUAGGCACAUCGCCAUGUCGGAGUUGCGGCAUUCCGACUCUCCUCUGACCCCCAGUCCUGCUGUGGAGUCGGAGGCCGCUGGCCGAGUGCAGACAUCUGAAAAAGAAGACUCCUCCAGCCUAGACCUCUCUGCCGCUGCCCUUCCCUCUCCUUCCAUAUCAAAAGCGCCUUCUGCAUCCUUACCCAAUGAUCACCAGUGUCAGUCCAGACUUUCGCCGCCAGCAGAGGGAGAGAGGUCUCCUGAGGGGCGGCUACAGUAUACCCCAGAGCGAGUUUUGGGACCGAAAGAGCACAGACAACAAAGCUCCCUUAUGGACAGAAAUACCUUGUAUCCCACGUCAGUAGAGCUUCAAACCCCUGCGUCUACCUCCGGCUCUCCCUCCUCCUUUGAAAGGAACCCUGAGUGCAGUGGCGGCCUCCCCACAGACACUCAUAAAAGUAUGGAACGCACUCCCUCCCUUGAAGAAACUGCUUCUGCCUCUCAAGACGUCUCAACAGAAGCGCCGCCCCAGACUGAGCCUUCUCCACCCAGGGAAACCCCGGCCCAAACAGAGAUUCCCCCUCCUCCCACUGAACCCCCUCCACCACAGUCUGCAUCCGCAGAACAGCCUCCCUUAACCGAAGAACAACCCCCAACGCAAGAGCAGGAGAAUGCCAACGCGGGGAAUAACAGUUCGCAGCAGAACCCCAACGAGGGCCAGAACAGGGCGGGAAACAACACCAACAACAAUAACAACAACAACAAUAACAACAACAACAACAAUAAUAAUAACAAUAAUAACAAUAACAACAACAAUAACAACAACAAUAACAACAACAACAACAACGGGCUGGCCAACAUUCGAGAGCGGCUCUUCCAGGCCCUGUUCUUCCGUCUGGCUGUAGGGUAUGCGCGGGCCUUCCCGCCACCCAUGAGGAGGCUCAUUGAAUUCACAGUUCUCCUCAAGGCACUGACAACCUUGUUCCUGCUGGUGUACAUUCACCUAGCCUUCACGCGGGCCCCCAUCACCUGCCUGGACCACGUGCGCGAUGACUGGCCGCGCGAGGGCAUCCUGCGAGUUGAAGUCAUACGGAACCCCAGUGAGGACUACACAGUGGAACAAAGCUAUGAAAAGGAGGAAAGGCUCCAGCAGCGGCAGCAAGAGUUCCUCGGCGCUCUCGGCUCGGAUAUCGAUAUUGUGUUGUUUUCUAGGUUGUUUGGAGGCGGCGAACCUGUGGUCACCGACAGUGAUGGGACGAUGAGCGUCGUGGGUGGGGGGAGUGAAGGCCAGCCUGGAGAGGAGGAAGAGGAAGAGAGGAUCCCUAUGGGAGACAGCAGAGAUGAGGAGGAGGCUGCUGAGGGAAAUGAGGCACAGGUGGACAGCGGAGGGAUGGAUUCCGAGGCAGAUUCGCUCGGCCAGAAUGAUGGCCUUAGCCCUGGAGAAGACGGCAGCGAGAAGAGAACGCCUCUUAUUGUGAACGCUGAUGGGAGUCACAGUGACCGAGGUUUCCCAGGUGUGGCUGACUAUGGCGAAGAGGCCUAUGUGUCGCGCAGUAAUGCCACGGCCCCGGAAAGGCCCCCCGCCGCCAAGGCCGGAGAGAGCGACGCCCCCCCGGCGCCGGCGCGGGCGGCGGAGGACGGCGCCGGAGGAGCCUUCCCCGGCAACCACAGCCACGAGGAGCCGCCCCUCGCCCUGGAGGAGGAGUCGCCGCUGCCCAAGAAGGAGCCCCUGGAGAUGCUGGCCAAGGCCGUGUGGCCGGAGGACGAGUACAUUGUGGAGUACUCGCUGGAGUACGGGUUCCUGCGCCUGUCGCCCGCCACGCGCCAGAGACUCAACAUCCCGGUCAAGAUCGUCACGCUGGACCCCAUGAAGGAUGCGUGCUUCGGAGACACGCUCUCGCGCUUCAUCCUGGACGAGUUCCUUGGCUACGAUGACAUCCUCAUGGGCUCCAUCAAGAGCCUGGCGGAGAAGGAGGAGAACAAGGGAUAUCUGAGGAACGUCGUUACGGGAGAGCACUACCGCUUCGUCAGCAUGUGGAUGGGGGGAAGCAACUACCUCGCUGCGGCCUUUGUCAUGGUGGUCUUCACCCUGAGCGUGUCGAUGCUGCUGCGUUACUCCCACCACCAGAUCUUCCUCUUCAUCGUCGACCUGCUGCAGAUGCUCGAGCUGAACGUGGCCAUCACCUUCCCUGCCGCCCCCAUGCUCACCGUCAUCCUCGCGCUCGUCGGUGGGUGGCUCGACUGGGGCGCUGUUGCGCUCUCUUGGGGCUGUGAGGGCAAAGGGUGCUCGGGACGGUAUUCUUGGCUGGCGCUUAUGACUUCGUGGCUCUUCAUAUUGCACUCCAUGCUCUACUUCUUCCACCACUACGAGCUGCCGGCCAUCCUGCAGCACGCGCAGAUCCAGCAGCUGGGGCGCGUGCACACCGUCAACAUCGUGCUGCGCAACGUCCUCACCAACAACAACAACAACAACAACGCUGCCGGCGCCAACAACCCCGGCGACGGCGGAGGCGGGGAGAACGCCGCCGGUGCCGCCACCCGCGACGCCGGCGGCCAGGGGCGGACGGGCGGGGCCGCCGCCAACCGGGGCGCGCGGACCGAGGGCGCCGCCGCCCGCCCCAACGCCUCGCCGGUCGUCAACCUGGUGUUCCGCAACAUCACGGGCGCCGUCGCCAACAGGAACGGCAACCCGCCCUUCAGCUUCGUCUUCAGGAACGUCAGGAACAUCGUGCAGAACCUGCACCAGAACACGGCUGCGACGGCGGCGGCGGCGGCGGCGGCGGCGGCGGAGACGAGCGCCUCGUCGACGACCACGACCGCCACUCCCUCCUCCUCCCCCUCCCCCUCCGCCGCUGGCGCGUCCACGAGCACCUCUGCGUCGGGGACGGCUCCUCGCGCCGCCGCCGCCCCCUCGCCGGGCUCGGGCGGCCUGGGCGCCGCUCCGAGGGUCACAUUCCAGGUGACGACGUCGAGCGGCACCUCCGCCGUGAACGCCUUCUCCCUGUCGUCGCUGCUCUUCCGCAACGCGAGCGCCGCCGCCUCUGCCGCCGCCACUGCCGCGUCCGCGACCAGCGGCGCCGCGGGAGCCCCGGCCGGCCCCGCGCCCGGCGCCGCGGCGGAGGCCCCAGCGGCGAGCGCGCCCGCGCGGGGCGCCGACGGCAGCAGCGAGCCCCAGGAUAGCGGCGCCGAAGCCGCGUACAGCCCCGUGCUGGUGGAGGGCGCGGGCGGCCGCGUCGGCUCCGAGAGCGGCGGGGCGGCGAAGGCGGCGGCGGGCAUGGCGCACGACCCAGCGGGGGCGGCCGGCUCCUCCGCCAGGCUCGCCGGAGCGUAUUGUGAUAGCCCCGCGGGGGGCGUCUCCCCCGACGGAGUCCCUAUAGGCGGCGCGCCCCCCGGCGGGGCGGCGGGCGGCGCGGGCGGGCCCUGGAGCGGCGGCGCCCCGCCCGCGAGACGCCCGUCGGACGGCGCGAUCCGGCGGCGGCGCGCGGGCGCGGAGGACACCGGAUAGGGGCGGCGGAGAUUAUUAAUAUUAAUAGCACUUCCUUUUUUCCUUUUUUUGAUGUUUUAUGUUUCGAAGAAGAAAAAUAUAUAAACAUAUAUACAUAUAAAUAUACCAUAUUUAAAGAAAAAAAAAGUAAUUUGCAUAUAUUGGCUUAGGCACUAUUUAGUUUAUCUUACAUAUUUAAGGUGUAAACUGUUUUGUUACUGUUACAGAUGUUUGAAUGUAAUGGUGUUGGUUUUAUUUUUUUCAUAUGCAUUACAUCGUACUUUUUUAUUAUGUCUUCGCUGAUUUAUAUUUAUGGAAUGAAUAAAAUAUUUAUAUACUUAUUAAAGUCCCAUGUAGUGAACAGCCAUGUUUCAUAUUGUACCACAAACAUCCACGGAGGAAGGACACGAGUGCGUAGGACGGAACACGCGAACAAAACGUGGAUUUUGUUCCUCACUUUUUCCCGAAAAGAAAACUUACUUUUUGUACCUCACUUUUUCCCGAAAAGAAAACUUACUUUUCAUGUAUAAAAACCGAGUCUUAUUGGGCAUUCUUUUUAAAUCGACCGCAGGGAUACGUUUCGGAAAGGAGAACACGGAAGCAGAUGCAUGGAAACUGAUUUGUUUGUAUCAGAGGAAGAGGACAUGCAAACGGAGACAGAGGUUUCUGUUUGUGUUUCUCUUUCUAUGUGUCAUUCUUACUCUGUCUCCGCCUUUUGUUGUCCUCUCUCUCUCUCUCUCUCUCUCUCUCUCUCUCUCUCUCUCUCUCUCUCUCUCUCUCUCUCUCUCUCUCUCUCUCUCUCU